AUGUUCUUCAUUAUCCCAUGCAUUACCAGAGAAAUUCACCGCAUUUCAAAAGGCACAAGGGCCAGGAUGAUGUGGCUAUUGUUACCUAUGCUGUUUCUCACAGCAAAAUGCACAUCCAGAGCUGAUUAUUCAGGUCAAAAGGUGUGCAGGUUUCACACCGAUAACUUCACAGAGGUUGUGAAUCUAGUUCAAAACUUCCAACAGGACCCUGUUGAUGUGUGGGCAAGAAGUCCGAGAUUCAUCGAUGUGAGGGUUUCACAUGAAGCAGCAACCAAGUUAGAGGGCUGUGAAGUAAUCAUAGAAGAUCUUGCAAAGACAAUCGAGGAUACAUACCCCCACGAAGCAGAUAACAUGAAGUCUCUUGAACAGCAGUUGUUCGAACAAAGUGCACCUCAAGACGUCUUUUUUGAUCAGUUCAGGGACCUGGAUACUAUCUAUGCUUGGUUAGAUUUGAUCCAGCUGACUUUUCCCGACCUAGUUAAAAUUGAGUGGGUAGGUCAAACAUUCGAGGGUAGGGAUAUGAAAGCUCUUCACAUCAGCGCUGGUAACACGGAAUUAAACCCUGACAAGAAGACAAUUGUCAUUACUGGAGGGGUUCAUGCGCGUGAGUGGAUCGGUGUCAGCACGGCCUGCUACAUGAUACAUAAUUUACUGACGGGUUAUGGCGUCAACAAGAAGGAGACUAGAUAUUUGGACCAUUUGGAUUUCCUGAUUAUUCCUGUCUUCAACCCAGACGGUUAUGUGUAUUCAUGGACUCACGAUCGUCUCUGGAGAAAAAAUCGUCAGCAAACAUAUUUCCCACGUUGUUUUGGUAUUGAUAUCGAUCACUCCUUCGAUUUCCACUGGACCGGGUCUCAAAACUUCCCCUGCAGUGAGGACUAUAGUGGAGAAUCACCCUUUGAGGCAUUGGAGGCCGAAUCAUGGAACAAUUACAUCAACAUGACGAAGAGCGAGUAUACAAUCCAUGGCUACCUAGAUCUACAUUCCUAUUCACAAGAAGUACUGUAUCCUUAUGGCUAUUCCUGCGAAGCAUUGCCUCGAGAUUUAGAAAACUUGCUGGAGCUCUCUUAUGGUCUUGCUAAAGCGAUUAGAAAAAAGUCGGGCAAAAAUUACCAUGUGUUGUCCUCUUGUGAAGAUCGUGGGUCAGAUUUGACACCUGGUUUGGGUUCCGGGUCAGCUCUAGACUAUAUGUACCAUCACCGCGCCCAUUGGGCUUUCCAAUUGAAGUUAAGAGAUACAGGUAAUCAUGGAUUUUUGCUUCCUCCUAAGUUCAUUUUGCCAGUAGGAAAGGAGGCAUAUGCGGCCCUAAAAUAUUUUUGUGACUUUAUAUUGAAUCCGGAACUAUAA